AUGGGAAAAUUGAAAAAAAAACAUGUUCAGGCUUUACAAAAUACAUCUCAAAGAGCUGCGAUUCAAAAAUCGAUUAAUCUAGUGUUAGCUUUGAAAGACUUAACUCAUAAUCAAAUUGUUUACAAAGCUACCACUGAUACAGUUGAACUAAUUGAUGAUAUUAUUCCUGAAGACGAUGAUAAGGACUUAGAGGUUCAAACUAGAAACAACUCUAGUAUACAUAUCCAAGUAUGGCUUAAGGAGGGUAUCGAAAAAUUUGUG